GUCCCGCUCGGCCCUCCUCACGCGCCGUCUGUGCGCCCGGUCUGCGCAGCCAACCCAGUUAACCCGGUCCGCACCGCCCGCCGGCCCACCCCCCACCGCAGCCAUGGACGCCAUCAAGAAGAAGAUGCAGAUGCUAAAGCUGGACAAGGAGAAUGCUAUCGAUCGCGCCGAGCAGGCCGAGGCCGACAAGAAACAAGCUGAGGACCGCUGCAAGCAGCUGGAGGAGGAGCAGCAAGCCCUCCAGAAGAAGCUGAAGGGGACGGAGGACGAGGUGGAAAAGUAUUCUGAGUCAGUGAAGGAUGCCCAGGAGAAACUGGAGCAGGCUGAGAAGAAAGCCACAGACGCCGAGGCAGAUGUGGCCUCCCUGAACCGCCGCAUUCAGCUAGUAGAGGAGGAGCUGGACCGGGCACAGGAGCGUCUGGCCACUGCCCUGCAAAAGCUGGAGCAGGCUGAGAAGGCAGCCGAUGAGAGUGAGAGAGGAAUGAAGGUCAUUGAAAACCGGGCCAUGAAGGAUGAGGAAAAGAUGGAGCUUCAGGAGAUGCAGCUGAAGGAGGCCAAGCACAUUGCUGAGGACUCAGACCGCAAAUACGAGGAGGUGGCCAGGAAGCUGGUGAUCCUGGAAGGAGAGCUAGAACGCUCAGAAGAGAGGGCUGAGGUGGCUGAGAGUAAAUGUGGGGACCUAGAGGAAGAACUGAAAAUUGUUACCAACAACUUGAAAUCCCUGGAGGCCCAAGCAGACAAGUAUUCCACCAAAGAGGAUAAAUAUGAAGAGGAGAUCAAACUGCUGGAGGAGAAACUGAAGGAGGCUGAGACCCGAGCAGAAUUUGCCGAAAGAUCUGUGGCAAAACUGGAGAAAACCAUCGAUGACCUAGAAGACGAAGUCUAUGCACAGAAGAUGAAGUACAAAGCCAUCAGCGAGGAGCUGGACAACGCCCUCAACGACAUCACCUCUCUCUGAGCCUCACACCACUGUGGCCCCUCAGCCCCCCUCUCUCCUCUCCUUUCCAUUCUCACUAUCGGGGCAGACAGGAGGAGCAGAACUUGGCGAGAUUGCACAGUCAGGCUGGGAGCAGCCUAGGGAAAGCCCCCAUCACAGCUGCCCCCACCCUGGCACUUGCUUCAUCCUUCUGUCCAUCUGCUCCCCACCACCCAUGAGUACCCACCUCUCUCUGCUGCUUAAUAAACUCUUAACUUGGUCUCCA